UGCCGUGCAGCUUGCCCCAUCUUAAAAUGGCGAAUGGCGUCGCAAGGUGAUUGGUCAGACCGACAACCAAUCAAUUACCCGAAUUUGGGAUGUCAUGUGGCCUAAGGCCGCCCUGAUAAAUAAGUCCGUCCGUGGCUUCACCAACGCUUGAGCCAGUCAGGCAGUAGGCUAAGAAAAAGUAAGAGUGGCAACUGCGUGGAUGGCUUCCUGGACUCGACUUUUCAUAGCCAUCUGAUUCGAGAAAUGUUCCGUUCCAGAAGCUAACCCUCAUGCAGGCCGUUGACACGGGUCACCCGGAAGUUGAAACCUUUGACUUCCGGGCCACGAUUAGGAACGCCUCCUAAGGGCGGAUCUCGAGCGUUGAUUGGCUGACAUGCACAUGGGCUCACAGUGAUUAGAGGGCUCGGAAGGAAGUGGCUCUGCCCCUCCGCGUCCCAAGACUACCUGGACCAUGGAGGUCCAGGCCCUGCGAGAGGAAUUGGACUCAAAGUGCCUACAGCUGCUUAGUGACCUGGAGGAACUGGAGGCGAAGAGGGCCGCACUGAACGCCCGGGUGGAGGAGGGUUGGCUUUCACUUGCCAAGGCUCGCUAUGCCAUGGGAGCCAAGUCGGUAGGGCCCCUGCAGUAUGCCUCGCGUAUGGAGCCUCAGGUCUGCGUGCGCGCCAGCGAGGCCCAGGAUGGACCCCAGACCUUCAGAGUGAUCAAAGCUAACGCCCAGAUCCCCGAGGAAGUGGGGCCUAGCGAAGCAUCUCUGCGCAGGCGCAAGGGCCCUACCAAGACCAAAGAGUCAGGAUCCUCUGUAGUUCCUCAAGAUCCCUUGAACUGGUUUGGAAUCUUGGUUCCUCAUAGUCUGCGGCAGGCCCAAGCCAGCUUCCGGGAUGGCCUACAGCUGGCUGCAGAUAUAGCCAGCCUCCAGACUCGCAUCAACUGGGGUCUAAGUCAGCUCCGAGGCCUCCAGAGAAAACUGAAGGAGUUGGACCCUGGGCCCGCCUGACCUGCAUCUACUUUUCGAGGCAUUGAGCAUAGCUGAUGUGGAUGCUACUGCCUUGUCUUAGGCCUUCUUUCAUAAACAGCCCCUGUCUUAGCUGAUGCCCCUCCUA